ACAAGGAUCUCUAGUCUGUUAAUCAACAAUAGUGAAUUCUGGCAACUUGAUUGAAUCUUUCUAUUUAUUUGGUACUAAACUUUUGCAAUCUACAGUGAUGAAACUUAGUUUCUCAUUUUCCAAAUUCUGAAGCACUUAAUAAGUCUUGAAUCCAUAGCAAUGAUUUUUGUACAUUUUGGGAACAAUGAUCAGAUGAUGAAUAACUUUCAAAAGUCUUACUGGUUUUUUGCAACAAAUUUACAUGAUAGUGUUCUUUGAAUGCUUCUUUGUUGAAAUAUUUAAGUGAACUCAUGCAACAUUAAGGGAAUUUUGUUUCCAUGAUUGUAUAUUAACUGUUUCAUAGGGUCCAUCUGAAGAUAGAGCAAUUUUGAAUGUAUUUUAUAAGUCUAGUGGGGGAUAUCCUUUGUUACUUAGUAUUUCAUUUUCAUCUUUUUCUGAUGGGGUGACUACCAUUAUUCUUAUAAGUAUACUAUCCUACAGACUGUCAUGUUGUAGAAUAACAUAAUUGCCUUUUGAAGGUAAAUAUGAUAAUUAGGAUGAAACUCCAUAUUUUAUAGGUCCAAUCUUUAAAAGAAGUAGGCAGAAAAAUAAGUACUAUUUUAUUUUAUGUAACUUAUCCUAUUUCCAUGUGUUUUCCAUAUUAUUCAUUUUUAUAAUAGAACAAUCUUUAAAAACCAAAACCUCAAAUCCUUUGUCCAUAUAAACAAGUGAUAAAUCAUAUUCGAAUUUAUCUUGGUACAGGGUAUGAGAUCUAAACCUAAUUUUUCUCAUACUGUUUUCCAUGUUUCCCAGCAAUUUUUAAAAAACUCUUACCUUCCAUUUUAGAAUCAAUACUAGGUAUUGGUUUCAAAGCAGAGGAGUGGUAAGUUCUAGGCAAUGAGGGUCAAAUGACUUGCCCAAGGUCACACAGCAAGGAAGUGUCUGGGGUCAGAUUUGAAUCCAGGACCUCCCAUCUCUGUGCCUGGCUAUCAAUUCACUGAGCAACCCGGCUGUUUUUGUCAAAUAGUAGAUUCUUAUCCCCAAAGUCAGAAUCUUUGGUGUUAUCAAACACUAGCUAAUUGAGGUCAUUUACUCCAAGUCUACUCCAUUGAUCCAACCUUCUAUUUCGUAGCCAGUACCAUAUUGUUUUUGAUGAUCACUGCUUGAUAGUAUAGUUUAAGAUGUGGUACUGCUAAGCCACCAUGUGGAUGUACACAACUCAUUUUCAUGCAACAUCUCUCAUGUUCUCUUGCUUCUUCUUGUUUUGCUUUUCAUAAUUUCAUGUAGAUCUUUCCAUGUAUUUUUCCAAAAUUAACCUGUUCUUUCCAUAUGACAGUAGUUUUUCAUCCCAAUCACAUACCACAGUUUAUUUAGCCAUUCCCAAAUUGAUGUGUAUUUAAAGAGUUAAAUUUUCCUUUAGUUACUGCUUUUGUUAUAUACCAUAUGGUUAAUUUCCUUUCUUUAAUAAAAUUCCCAUAUGAUUUUGAUCAACUUCUUAUGCUCACUAUAUUUUGAUAGUAUUAUCUUCCAUGUAGAUCAGAAAUUAGGGAUAUUUGGCAAGAUUCCUUUAUCAAUUUAUUUAGAAUCAAUGUUAUGUCUGAGCAAUUGUGGUUAGCAAUUUGGUCCUUGAAAAUAUUUAAUUGAAGCUGAUAGGUUGAAUUCUCCAUCAUAUUUUAGAUUCUGCAUUUGUAGGAUGGUAAUUUAUCAUGAAUCACUUCACAAAAUAUAGCAAGCUUCUUCUACAUAAUUUUAGCUAACAAAUUCCUUUAAAAAUUCUUUUAUAUUUUUCAUGAAUAAAUAUUUUUUCCUACCUUCACAUCAACAUCCAAACUGCCAGGGGGAAGUGGGGAAGUAGAAAAAGAAAACAUUUUUUUAACAAAUGUGAAUAAUCAAAACAGAUUGAUGACCACGAUGUCUGGCCCUGCUGAAAAGCAUAGAGCUCAUUCACCAGCUUGCCUCAUUCACCUCUUGGUCAGGAGGUGGGGUAGCAUGCUCCACCACUGUUCCUCCAGAUAUAUGAUUGCUCAUUUCAUUGAUAAAGAAGUCUUUUGAAAUUGUUAAAAUGUGAACAACAUUUAUGUUUUUGUUCCCUUGGUUCUGCUCACCUUACAUCAAUUCAUACAAGUCUUCCAAGGUUUUAUUGAAAUUGUCCCUUUUAUAUACUAAAUAUAUGACUUUGGAAUGAUUAUUUUCCUUUUCUGAGUCCUAGCUUCCUCAAAUAACAAAUUAAGGAGUUGUUCUAAUUUAUUUUUAGAAUUCUUUCCAACUUGAUCAUUCAAAGAUCCUUUCUUAUGCUUUAGUAUUAUUAUGUUAUAUUCAUAUAGAAUUAUUUCCUCAGCCAUUCCCCACUUGAGAGUUACCGCUUUAAUUUCCAGUUGUUUGGCCAUGACUUAUUAGGCAUUUGUUAGGUUUUAAAUACUACAGCCUGAAAAAAUUGGUUCCAUACAUUCUACCAUGUAUCUAUAUAAUCUACAUUGAGCAAUAAGUCAAGGAUUUGUAGGUAUACUCCUCCAAUUUUCAGUGGCAAUGACCUGAAUUAAAAUUACAAUUACAAAUACUUCUAUUCCACAUAUGUCAGCAUGCUUUAGCCAUUUGUUUUAUGCUUCUUUGACAAAGUACUGUUUGGUGAAUUCAUGUGGCUUUCACCUAUGGAGGAUCUUUUGUUUUCAUUCUUGAAUCAUAAACAUUUUAUAAGGAUUAUUCAGAGGAAAAGCAUUUAGUUACAUUCCACAAACCCCUGGUUGUAUACAUAUUCUCAUCCUUUGUUAUUGCUCAGUGAAAUGAUGUCUCCUUUUCCCAAACUUAUUUCUGGAGGUUUUCCUCUUUUUAUUCUGUUUUCUAAGAAUAUGUAUGGGUCUCCUUGUUUCCUUUUUAGAGAAUGGGAAUCAAGUUCUCUAUAUAUGCUUUGUGGUACUUGGCCUUAGGUUUUCUUAAUAUUAAUAAUUUUGAUAUUAUUGUUACUUUCAUUCUCAUCAUUUUGACAGGGUGUUGAUUCAAAUAGUCCUCAGGAAAGUUGCAAAGUUGCUAUUAUAUUUAUUCUUCUAUUUUAAUGUUCUAUAGACAUGCUAUUAUUUGUGUACAUUACAUGUUCUUUGGACUCUUGGAGAGGUGGGCUGCAUAACUUUUUUUGUAGUUGAAUAAAAAUAAUAGGAUGCAAGUACAUUCUCUGUAGAGACACUAAAAAAACAAAAUUUUAUUACAUCUCUAAUAGAAAACAAGACCUAAGGGCUAAUAUAUAUCUCGCUCUGUUUCACAUGAUUUUUAUUUCUGUUAGAAUUAUUACAUAACAACUAUUUAUGUAGCAUGGUAUCAUCAUUACAAAGUAUCUUUGAAUCCACUCUAUGUAGAAUGAAGGACUAUAUGUUCUCAUCCUCCCAUACACAAAAUUGGUGUGAGUUUGCAGGCGCCAUCUAGAAUGAUUAGUUAUUUAUUUGUCAGCUAAUGGAAACCUAGUCACUUGGAGGGUAGGGGUUUUGAUCUCUGGUACAAGUAGAUAAUAAUUUUGAGUUUUUGUUUGUAUUUUGAUAAAAAAUGAUUUAUCAUUAAAGGCUGACUAAAGUUGGAACAAAUGUUUAUAGCACAUUUAAAAGAUUUUUGUUCAUUGAAAUAGGGAAAGAUGAUAUUCCUGGAAGGAUAAUGGACUUAGCAGUCAGUGUAGUUUCCCUCUUCACUGGACACUGGUUAUUCUGAUAUUUUAUCAAGACCCAUUUUCCAAGCCUGUGACUUUGCCUCAAGGCUCUGUUCUGUGUCUCUUCUCAGCCCCAUGGUGAGCUAUUUUUAUUCUGCACAUGUUUAAUUUUGCAACUUGUGACAAUUUGAAAAGUAUAACAAUGUCUUUUCACCAUAAGAUGAACAGGAUAGAACAGGUCUAAUUUAGGGUUUGGGGAAGGUGUGAUAGCCUUUGGAACAAAGGUAAGUGAAUAUGGACAGACUUAUUGAGAAAUUUGACUUUUUUUUUUCUCAGUAGAGGAAUGGCAACCUUCCUCCUUUAAUAAAUGAAGAGUAUUUUUUUCUCCAGGGAUCAAAUCCCUUUACUUUUGUGGGCAUUCCAGGGAGCCAUAGAGGUGACCCAAAUACAUUAAGAUCUGUAUUGCUCUGACUGGGCUUUCAGUGAAGCAGCCAGGAAGAGAGAACAUUUCCUCUGAUAGGCAAUUAAGGUAAAUGCAUCUUUAUAUUAGCCAACACUUUCAAAUCCCUGUGAAAGGUACUUAACAAAAAAGAUCUGAGACUAGUUUGUUAUGAUCGCUCAGAAAAUGGUCUUUGUAUUUCUGAAGCAGGCAUGGUAGUGCCUGUGAUUCAGUGACAUGUGAAACCAAUCUGUUUUAAUUAAAAAUGCAGCAUCAUAAGGUCUUUGAAUUCUAGAGCUAGAGAGAGGGUCUUUUAAGUCCAUUCAGAUUCAAAGUUUCUCCUUGAAGAAAAACAAAAGAAAUCUCAUUUUACAGCUGAGGAAGCCAAUGCCCAGAAAGUAAAAAAAAAUGACUUGUCCAAAGUAAUGUAGUGAGCUAACAAGGAGCUAGAGGCUAGCUCUCCUUAGCUUAGAAGAAAGGUUAGGACCCAGAGAACCUACCAUUUCUAUUAUACCUGCUAAUUUUCUUUCUUCCUGAAGACAACACUCCCUCACAGGCUAUACAUUUGUUCUACAUAUUUCUAACACACUAUGUAUGAUUGAAUAUGCUAGUGUCUUCCACCUCUGAGACUGUAAAUGCCACCAGGACUAUAAUUUAUCUAAACUUUGAAUUUCACUCCAGUACAGUGAAUACUCUACAAAAUAGGUACUUGAUAGAUGUCUUUAAUAACAUUUGUUUCCUGAUUAAAUCAUGUGAAGUUUGAGUAUUACCUCCAUGAAAGAAAACUUUCACCUCUUCUGAUCAGCCCCACUAUUCUCCUUUGGGACUCCUUUCUAUAAAAAUAUGAAUUUUUCCCUCAAGUCUCAAAAUCUUUGGAAGGUAGAAAGGCAUUUCAUUCAAGAGCAGGCAACUGUCAAUUAGUCUCAGUCCACAUGGGUAGAAAAUGAGGUGAAAGGCUAAUCAAUAAUUCAAAGAAUAUUCCCAUUGCAUUUGGAGUCGGAAAGUUUGGGAAUUUAACUCAAGAGGUAUGUAUCAUGUUUUUCUGGUAACAUUAAAUGGAGUCACUUUCCUAAAGCAUAUACAUAUGGAGGAUAUUUAAGACAGAAGAGUAAGAAAGGAAAAAAUAGAAUGUAUUGAGAAGACAGAAAAGCAGGGUUGAGAGGUCAUAGAAAUUUUAAAAUAGUAUUAAAUAGUCACCAGUGCUUAACUUGCAAACCAGGUCAUCUCACUGUGGACAAUGAAGGAUUGAUUGCCUUUACUGGUAGAAGGCCAAUAAUCCUACUGCCCUAUAUCUAAUGAAAAAGCAGUCUUUUGUAGGCCUGAAGGCAAGAAUGAGAGAAAGGAAUAACAAUUCUUGAUUCUUAUUGAUAGUGUAAUAACAGAAAUAGCUGCUCUCAGAGGAAGUGAAACUAGUUUUCUAUUUUUUUCUUAACUAUUUGGAAACCAACAAAAAGGUCAACCAGGAAACAUGUAGCUAUGUAAUUUUAUUAGUUUUUUCUUUUUUUUUAAAUUUUAUUUAAUUGAUUAAUUUAGAGCAUUUUUCCAGGAUUACAAAAAUCAUGUUCUUUCCCUCCUCUCCCCCCAACCCCCUCCCAUAUCUGACAUGCAAUUCCACUGGGUUUUAUAUAUGACAUUGAUCAAGACCUAUUUCCAUAUUGUUGCUAUUUGCACUAGGCUGAUCAUUUAGGGUUUAUAACCCCAGUCAUAUCCCCAUUGAAUCAUAUGAUCAAGCAGUUGUUUUUCUUCUGCAUUUCUACUUCCACAGUUCUUUCCCUGGAUGUGGAUACUGUUCUUUUUCAUAAGUCACUCAGAAUUGUUCUGGAUCAUUGCAUUGCUGCUAGUAUAAAAGUCCAUUAAGUUAGACUGUACCAGUGUAUCAGUCUUUUUUUUUCCCUAAAUGCUCUGGUUAUUGUAUUCAUCUUACAGAUGUUUUAUGAUGUCCUUACAUUCUACAGAUGUGAUUUGCUUUAAGCCAACCCUAUACAUGAAAUACAGGUGUGUUGUGUUGUGUGUGAAUGAGAGUACCAAACAUGUUAGGGACUGAUGAUUUUAAUUGGAAUCAUUAUAGGAUUUUAUAGGAUUAAUUUAGCUAGUUACUACAUUUAUAUGGUAAUAGUUAGCACUGAUAUAGCCUUUAAGUUUUACAAAGAUCUUUUUUACAAAUAUUAUUUCAAUUUUUGUUGACAACCUGGAAAGUAGAUGUUAUUAUUAUCCCCAUCUGACUGAAAAGGAAAUUGGGGCAUGGCAUGUAGAGGUAAAAUGACUUGCUUUGGUCAGAGAACCAAUUAAGUGUCUGAGACUGGAUUUGAACUUGGGUUUCCUUUGAGGUUCAGUACUCUUAUUCACUGUCAUCUAGCUGCAUAGAUAUUUUUAAGUUUAUAUAUAUAUAUAUCAUUUACAAUUCAAAAGCAAUUUUUACUUAAUAGCAACUAGAGAGAAUAUUAUACUAGCAUCCAAAAAGAUCCAAGCUUUAUAUAAAACAAGGUUCCUGCCUUCAUGAAGUGGUAAUUCAGUGUGAGAAUACGUAUGGUGAUUGUUCAGACGCCCUGGCUUCCACCUGUCAGCCAACUCUGACCUGGGAUUCCCAGAAGGUGCACAGUGAUCACACCCCAAUAAAACCUCUGAGCUGGCAGACUUAAAGUUGAGGGUAGCAGCCAGACUUCAAACCUGUUGGUUUGGUAAGUUGGAGGGAUGUUUGCUCCUACCUUAUGAAGACAUCCCCAAGGAAGAUGAACAGAAGAGAACAAUUUGUUCCAAUAUUCAUGAAAGUGGCUGCAGCAGGGGCUGAGGAGGUAGAGCUUCUUUGCCAGACAUUAAAGAUGCCAAGGACAUGCACUGCAUCCCACACCAUCACCGGUUGUUGUGACUUUGGUCCUGCCACUGGACUCACUGACUCUGAGAAAGAGUGAGGCUGACAACUUUGUUCAACUCUGCUUCACUGAACUCCCAAUUUAAGUGCAAGAUCUCACCUUGUGAGGUCAUUAGUUGCCUUUGAAAAAGAAGGAUGAACAACAAAUACUGACAGGCAUGAGAUGGAACACAAAAUGGGCAAAGCUUUCCUUAAGGUUUCUAAUUUUUGUUGCCCUUUUAAAUUAAAUAUCAUCUUUCAUGAAUAUGUCUCUUUUUAUACUUCCUAUGUAACAAAAAAAUCAAAUUAAAAAAUACACAGAGAAAGCAAUCCCAUAUGGAAGUGUUUACUCCAUUUUGUCUCCAUAGUUGUCUACUUCUAUUGAGAAAAGAAAUAUAUGUUAUAUUCAUUUUCCUCUGUAGCCAAGAUUGUUCAUUAAGGUAAAUCUGAGUUCAACUGCCUUUUAGUGUUGUUUUUAUUAAUAGUAUUUUUAAGAGGCAGCCUUUUAAAAUGAAAAUACUAUUCACUCAGGGUUAGUAGACCUGAAUUUGGAUCCUAGAUAUGAAAAUCUCUUGUAAAAGGGAUAAAGUGCUUUACUGGAUCAGGUAAGACUUCAGGAAGAAGAUGGCCUUUUGGAAGUGUUUUAGAGGUGAGUUAAUUCAAUAAAUGAAGGGCAAGGGAGGGAAGAGAGGAUAUUCCAAGCACAGUCAGUUAUUUUAUAUAUUAUAAUUCACUUACAUAAAAUUUUGGUAUUUUUUGAUUUCAGGAAUGAUAGCUUUCAGGGGAUCAUGUAUUCUAAAACAGUUCAGGUGCUAUGAAGGUUUAAUUUAGAAGAGUUCCUUAAGGACUAUGGUAGCCAUAUACACUUUUCUGUAUGCUUCCCUUACUUCUUAUUUAUUUUAUUUCUAUGUUAAGAAGUAAAGUUUAAGUUCUUUGAGGGCAAUGUUGAUCUCAUUUUUCUCUUUAUAACUGAAAGCCUAGCAGAGUGGCUAGCACUAAGUGGUCCCUUAAAAAAUCCUGAUUUCUUUUGAAUUGGAGACCAUAAUGGUGUCUACUGGAGUUUUGUGGUCACCUUACUCAAAAAACUACUUAUGAUAUAACCAUAUGUAUGCAUAUUUUUGUUUUUAUUUUUGUGUUUUCAUCAACUUGUGUGAAUGCCAAAAUGAAAAUUCCUUCCUCUUAGGUAAAUUAAUAAGUAUUCUACAAUUUAUAGCCAUAAGAGUUGACUGGAACAACAACAGGAUAAGUGACUUGAAAUAAGUCCUGUAGUCCAUCUGUGUUAGAGGCAGGAAUUGCCUCUAUCUAUACUAUUCCUUAUAGCUUUCUCUUCAAAUCUGAAUAUGAGUGGUACAUCCACUAAAUAUCAAAAUUUGUUUCCUCUGCUUCAGGUAUGUGUAUCUGCCCCAAACAUUGGCUCAUCCUUGGAAAUUUUUUAGCUUCCCAGCCACUCUUGGCUCCUGGAGGUGAUACAAUAUAUGGCUGUUUUCAUAUGGAAUAUUUACAGGUUCUGAAAAUGAUUCACAAAUGUAUUUCUUCCUUCUAGGGUCAACACCAUGGCUGUGUAUAAGUAAAGGAAUGUACUGAUAUUGUAGAGGGUUAACCUUGGGUAUUCGCACAACUUUAGGAAUCCUAAACAAUGAUUUCCUCAUUAUUCAUGGAGAGAAAAGAGGAAAAAAAACCCAAAAACCUUUUUUCUUAGAAAAUUUGCUGUAGGAAAUAUUCUGAUUUAGUUCCAAGUGCCAGAACCACACAACCUAUAUCUGAACAGAAACAUCCAUUUUUUUUAAAAGCACACAUCAACAACCCUGAAAGUAAAAUUGGGAUACAUCUGAAGCCCAGAAACUGCCAAAGGCAUGGAGAAACCUCAAAAAGCAUACUAUACCUUCUGAGAUAAAAAGCAAGAGGAAUAUAAAUGUAGCUCUGGAUUUCUGACACAGCCAUCCCUAUAGUACUUUCACAUUCAAAAUAGUGCUUUAUGAAGAUCUCAAAGAACUUUAUAGGUGCCAUCUCCAUUAACCUAAAAUGAACCUUCAGAUGUGCAUAUUUUUAAAAUGAGAAUGUUUGGAACCUUAGCAUAGCACAGCUUUGCUUGGUGAAGGACACACAUGUCUUCUAGUUCUGCCUUUUUAAGUUUUGUUUCUUUGUGUACAAAAAUAAAGUCAAUAAAGACAAUUCUGACUAAAUUUUGAUAAAGUAGCAGCAGAGAAAUGCUCCCUACCAAUGCAGAGGAACUGAAGCAGUUGGUAAAGUCAUUUCUCUCAGGGUAGGACAGGAACCUACUAGGAUGCCUGGCACAUAGUAGGCACUCAUCUCUUUCUUGGUUGAAGACAGAUUAGAUACCCUAGAGGAAGAAAAGAUCAGGCAUUUGGUAUCAAUAGGAUGCAUGGGAUAGAAGACUUCCAAUUUCCACUUGGCAGCCUAAUUUUCCUAAAUCUUGAUGAAGUCCUUCUUAGUGGCAGGGCUUUUGAAGGGUGAUCACAACUGAAGAAAUCUCACUUUUUUUCUGAUAAUGGAACACUUUCCCCCAAAGGGUACCACCCAGCUGUUUAUUUUUAUCUUGAAACAGAGAAGAUAUUGUCUAUUUUCAUUUCGAAUCCCCCUUUCAGCUUCUUCCCUACAAGUCCUGGCUUUUAGGACAAGCCCUUUCCCUGUCUAAGCCCCCUGUCUACAACUAGCACACUGUCAGAGAUUUCUCAGAUGUCUGACCUUGAGCUGCAGUCUUGCCUAGUUCCUCUUUCUUUUUUCCUCUUUUUUUUCAUCUUUAUUUGUAGCUCCUGUGUUUAUUCUUUAACAUGCCUGGUCACUGUUCACUGGGGUCAUUUUUUUUUCUCCCCGGUGAGGGUGAGAUUGGUCUGACACCCAGUGACCUGUCAGCUGUCUCCCCACCUGCUUACAUGCUGAUUCAUUGAUGAGGAAAGAGUUGGCAUGCAGGCCCCGCCUCCCUCUCAAUGGUCUGUGAGGCUGCUGGAGCUAGUGGAGAGGAUGCUGUGGAUGGGAGCCUCCUCGGCUGUGUCCUAGCUACUUUACUACAAGUGUGCACCGGCUGGCAGCCGAGCUGCUGCUCCUGAAGACCUUAGUGACCACACUGAGCCAUCUCCCUCUCUCUUCACGUUCUUAUUUGUUGUCUCCAUAGCCGGCUUUUCUAGCUCUUUAAGGAAUCUCCUUUUCAGGCAGCACAGCUAAAUCCAAAGGAGUUGUAAGGCAGCCUGUGAUAGAAACUGAGACACAAGUUUCCCCUCAGAGACUGUCUUUUUCAUUUUCUUUUUUUUUUAAUUGGCAAAGACUUCUGGCUCUCCUCAGAGGAAUACCUUGUUGCUUAAGAUGAGUGGCUGUAGGAAACGGUGUAAACGUGAAAUAUUGAAAUUUGCCCAGUACCUUCUCAGGCUAUUAACAGGUUCUCUUCAUACAGACAGUGUCGAAGAUGAAAUGGAAAUGGCCACCGUGCGGCAUCGGCCUGAAGCUCUUGAACUGCUGGAAGCCCAGAGCAAAUUCACCAAGAAGGAACUUCAGAUCCUCUACCGAGGAUUCAAGAAUGAAUGCCCCAGUGGUGUUGUUAAUGAAGAUACCUUCAAAGAGAUUUACUCUCAGUUCUUUCCACAGGGAGAUUCAACAACAUAUGCACAUUUUCUGUUCAAUGCAUUUGAUACGGAUCACAAUGGAUCUGUGAGCUUUGAGGACUUUGUGAUGGGUCUUUCUAUUUUGCUUCGAGGGACUGUACAAGAAAAACUCAACUGGGCAUUUAAUUUGUAUGACAUAAACAAAGAUGGAUAUAUAACUAAAGAGGAAAUGCUUGACAUAAUGAAAGCGAUAUACGAUAUGAUGGGUAAAUGCACAUACCCUGUUCUUAAAGAGGAUGCCCCCAGACAACAUGUGGAAACAUUUUUCCAGAAAAUGGACAAAAAUAAAGAUGGGGUAGUUACCAUAGAUGAAUUCAUCGAAAGCUGCCAAAAAGAUGAAAAUAUAAUGCGCUCCAUGCAACUCUUUGAAAAUGUGAUUUAACGUGUUGGUUAGAUCUUGAAUUUAAUAGACAAAUGUGAACUAUUCUAAAACAAUACUUAAAGUUGGAGUUACCACUUUUAGCAUAGACUGCUCAGCUUUACACUGAAGCAUAUUAUGCAAAUAAGCUUUGUUUUAUUAUAAAGCCAUCUCCAAAAUCAUUUGUUUCUAAGAUAUCAAUUUGCAUUCUUUUCAUUAUGCCACUGAGUUGAUGGGAUGUUCUAAAACUUUCCUACCAUGAGGCUAUUCAAAGAAAUGGUACCUGACACACACAUAAUUUUAUUGAUACUCCAACCCUGAGAUUAUUAUGGCUUUGGGACAUCAAAGUGAUGUUAUGAUAGUGUUUUUUGCUACCCAUUUGUAUUGGAAUCCAGCCCCAGGACUAUAAAUGUUUUUUUCUAAAAUAUUGGCAUCAGUGUUUAAUUUAUAGAAAUUAGAUUUCAUUUCCAUAUUUGUAUGCUGUAAUCCCAUUUAUAUACUUUGAGUAAACAAAAAUAAUUACCGCUAUUAAAAAAUGACUAUGCAGUCCCUGUUUUUGUGGGUUUUCCUCUUUUUUGUUGAAGUCUCCUUUUGUUGAAGCCUUUAAUUCAAUUAUUUGGCAUUUUUCUACCAUGAAAACUGAAAUUAUUUAUGACUAGAUGACAGCAUACUUCUUUCUAGUGAGUUUUUUUUUAAUAAGCAUUUGUUGGUUUUCCAUAUUAGAACCCAAAUCCCACAUAACAUGCAUAAUUUGGGACUUGCUCAAUAGGAUAGCCCUAACUAGGCUUCACAUUUCCCAUGAAAGAAAGAAAAUGAGUGAUCUAAUGAGUAUCACUACCUAAAUGUCCUCAUUGUCUGCAUUGAAGACAUGGACUUCUCCUCUCCCUCAGCUUCAAAUUUCGGCUCCCUCUUAAGUGAGCACCCAUUAAUGGGCCCAUUAAUGACUAAGAACAAUCAGCCCAAGAUCAGGUUCCUCUCUGGUCUGACCUUGCCCCUUGCCUUUCUGUGACACAAACAUGCAAAGACUAAAGUCACUUGACUAUACAAUGGGGAAGAACAUUAGCAUAAUUUCAUUUUGAAGGAAAAAUGAUUAUAUUAACAACUAGAAUAAUCAGACAGUAGAGAAUGAGUUAUUAUUGCAAUUAUUGAAAUGGAUGAUGUGAAAUGGAUUAACAGCACACAAGCCCCCAACGUGGAGUACCAUUGUCACUUUCAGUGAUCUUGGGCCAACUGAGAUUAAGUUUCACCGUAAUACUAACGAUACACCCAUCCUCGUUUUUCUGCAAAUAUCACAAAGACAAAGAAGCUUCUGUGGAUGGAAGGAAUUUUGCAACUUUGUUUUGCAAUAAAUAAAUCAGGGACCUAUUCUGGUGUAAAGAUAAGAUGUUAACGGAUGUUCUGCUAUCACCAGUGUAGGAAUAAGAGUAGUACAGUACCUGUACACCUGAAAUUUGCCAUUAGAGUAUGUGUGUGUGUAAGCUCAAUGUAUACAUUUUGUAUUUUAAAAAGUAAAAAUAAACAAAAGUAGAAUGUUUAUAACCCUAA